AUGGUCUUUUGCCUUGUUCUGUUCUACGCGGGGGACUUCCCGUCCCGCGUCAUCACCGUCGUCCUGGGUGCGGCGUCGCUUGCGCUUGCGGCCGUUCUGCGCUCCGAUCACAGCGGUACUUUCAAAGUACCGCUUGCUUUGACAAUUGUGUCCACAACAUGGGUCGUCGUCGCAGCAUCACUCUCCGGCUGGGUCAAGUACCGCAAGGUCCCAUUUUGUGUCCAACGCACUACCUCCCUGAUCAUCGGCGAUCUCAUUGCUCUCGGUUGUUGCGCUGCUUGUGCAGCGCUGGUGAGCAGUGCUGAUACAUCAUCCAAUUCGACUCUUCGAAACAUUCUCACCGUGGUCCAGAUUAUUUCCAUCCUACUUCUUGCACUCUGCAUCAUGUCCUUGGCAUGGCAAUGGCGCAGGGCUAGCAAGGGCGAGCUGGACAACCCGCCAAAGGUGCAUCCUGCGGCGUAUCAUACGUCCAUGCCAAUGCCGAAUCCUGUAGGCUAG